GAGGCCAGCCCGACGCUGUGUAGCGAGCGCGCCCCGCGCCCCGCGCCCGGCUCUCACAGCCCAGGAGCCCCCGCCCCGCGCCCACCAUGCCCGAGCAGCUUAGCGUCGCGGAGUUCCUGGCCAUCACAAUGGAGGACCUCAGCUCCCCGGCCGGCGCCGCAGCCUUCGCCGCCAAGAUGCCCCGGUGCCGGGGGGCGGCACUGGCUCGGGAGGAGAUGCUGGAAGGAGACCAGGCCAUCCUGCAGAGAAUAAAGAAGGCUGUGCGAGCGAUCCACAGCUCUGGCCUUGGCCACGUGGAGAACGAGGAGCAGUACCGAGAGGCCGUGGAAUCCUUAGGCAAUAGCCACCUGUCCCAAAACAGUCAUGAGCUGUCCACCGGCUUCCUAAACUUGGCUGUGUUCACCCGAGAGGUGGCCGCACUCUUCAAGAACUUGGUUCAGAACCUGAACAACAUUGUCUCUUUCCCGCUGGACAGUCUGUUGAAGGGGCAACUAAGAGAUGGGCGACAGGAUUCCAAAAAACAGCUGGAGAAGGCGUGGAAGGACUACGAAGCCAAAAUGGCCAGGCUGGAGAAGGAGAGGGACCGGGCCAGAGCGACAGGAGGGAGCCCAGGGGAGGUGGCCCAGGACACACAGAGGGAGCGGCGUGUCUUCCAGCUGCACAUGUGCGAGUAUCUGCUCAAAGCUGGGGAGAGCCAGAUGAAGCAAGGGCCCGACUUCCUCCAGAGUCUCAUCAAGUUCUUCCACGCCCAGCACAACUUUUUCCAAGAUGGCUGGAAAGCUGCUCAGAGCCUGUCCCCCUUCAUCGAGAAGCUGGCAGCCUCGGUACAUGCACUCCGGCAAGCCCAGGAGGAGGAGCUACAGAAGCUGACCCAACUUCGGGACUCCCUCCGAGGGACGCUGCAGCUUGACAACAGAGAGGAGAACAUGAGCCGGAAGAACUCAGGAGGUGGCUACAGCAUCCACCAGCACCAAGGCAACAAGCAGUUUGGGACGGAGAAGGUGGGCUUUCUAUACAAGAAAAGUGAUGGAAUUCGAAGAGUCUGGCAGAAAAGGAAGUGUGGAGUCAAGUAUGGCUGCCUGACCAUCUCACACAGCAUGAUAAACCGGCCCCCAGUGAAGCUGACGCUGCUGACGUGCCAAGUGAGGCCAAACCCUGAGGAGAAAAAGUGCUUUGACCUGGUGACUCACAACAGGACAUACCAUUUCCAGGCAGAGGAUGAACAUGAGUGUGAGGCGUGGGUGUCAGUGCUGCAAAACAGCAAGGACGAAGCUUUGAGCAGUGCCUUCCUUGGGGAGCCCAGUGGCAGCCCUGGGCCCUGGGGGGCCGCCGGGCUGGAUGGGGAGCUCCAGGACCUCACCAAGCUCCUCAUCGCCGAGGUGAAGAGCAGGCCCGGAAACAGCCAGUGCUGCGACUGCGGGACUGCAGACCCCACGUGGCUCAGCACCAACCUGGGCGUGCUCACCUGCAUCCAGUGCUCCGGUGUCCACCGUGAGCUGGGCGUCCGCUUCUCACGCAUACAGUCCCUCACCUUGGACCUGCUGGGCCCUUCCGAGUUGUUGCUGGCCUUGAACAUUGGAAACACGCGCUUCAAUGAGGUCAUGGAGGCCCAGCUGCCCUCACACGGAGGUCCUAAACCCUCGGCUGACAGUGACAUGAGUACCCGCAGGGACUAUAUCGUGGCCAAGUAUGUGGAACACAGGUUUGCUCGGAAGUCCACACCCGAGCCACAGAGACUCUGGAUGGCCAUUUGUAACCAGGACAUCUUGUCCGUACUGGAGGCCUUCGCAAAUGGGCAGGACUUCGGACAGCUGCUGCCAGGGCCUGAAGGGCAGGCACCUGGAGAGCUCGCCCUGCACUUGGCUGUCAGAGUCGCCAACCAGGCCUCCCUGCCCCUGGUGGAUUUCAUCAUUCAAAAUGGCGGUCACCUGGACGCCAAGGCUGCUGAUGGGAACAGUGCUCUGCACUACGCUGCUCUCUACAACCAACCCGACUGCCUCAAGCUGCUGCUGAAAGGAAGAGCUUCGGUUGGCACAGUGAAUGAGGACGGAGAAACAGCCCUGGACAUAGCCAGGAAGAAGCAGCACAAGGAGUGCGAGGAGCUGCUGGAACAGGCCCAGGCUGGGACCCUGGCCUUCCCGCUGCACGUGGACUACUCUUGGGGAAUUUCCCCAGAGCCUGGCUCUGACAGUGAGGAGGAUGAGGACGAGAAGCACUGCCCUCCAAAGCCCCUGGCCCAGGCCCGCUGGGCCGGUGGGAGGAUGGACAUCAGCAACAAGACCUAUGAGACUGUCGCCAGCCUGGGAUCCGCUGCUCCUCAGAGCCAGAGUGAGGACUGUCCCCCACCCUUACCAGUCAAAAAUCCUUCUCGGACCAUGGUGCAAGGCCGUGCGGGACAUACCAGUGGAGAUCAUUCCGAAGUCCCCAGCCUCAGCUCAGAGCCUCCUGGGGCCCCUGAGAGCCAGAGCAGUCCAACGUCCUCCUCCUCUAGCCUUACAAGUCCUGUGGAACUUGGGGGUACCAACCAAACCCCACCCGGUUCUGAAGAGAGCCUCUUGGAGCCCCCAGGCACCUCCCAACCCAGCCUGACGUCUGGAACCACCCCUGCGGAGAUAUAUCCCCCUGUCAGGUUCAGCUCCGAGAGCACUCGCUCCUAUCGGCGGGGGGCGCCAGAACCUGGAAGACUGUCCCUCAGCCAGGCAGCCUCUACCCAGAAGGAACAUGCCGGUACCAGAGGCCCUUUGGCUGGAUCUCAGUGCUCCUGAGCUAGCUUCAGCUGCAGAACCGUCAAUCCCACCUCAGUCCAGGACUCUGUCUCUUCAUCAGUCUGGGGGCUCCAAAGAGAAGGACCAGCCAGCUUUCAUCAUUCUCCAGACCAGGGAUUCUGCCAGACUAGGGACUGUCUCCAUUCAUUAAUAUUUCUUUACUGAGUUCUGGCUCUAUGUCCAGACCUACACCAAGCACUGAAGAUGCCACAUGAAUAAGACAAGGGUCCUGCGAAUGUGGCCCCUUGCUGGGAAGCUGGUCCCAAGGGUUGAGAUUGGGAAUGGGCAGGGUACAUGGUUCUGGGAUCAGGGGCAGACUGACAAGCAGCUGUAUGACAUUGUAGUUGUCUACAGCCACAUCCAUUCUGGUUGGUCAGUGUCCAUGCCGUACUGCCCGUUAACCACACAGUCUGACUCUCACUCCUUUUGAGGGACAGCACAGCCUUCCUGGGGACCUCUACCACAUUCCCCCCAUUGCCCACUCUCCUUGACUUAGCAGGAAAGAAAGGGGUGGUCCUGGAUGAGGGUCCUCACUUCUCUCCUCUUUCUCAGUCAACUCAGGAGCCUUCCAGCCCCAGGGAAGGAAAAGGUAACACAAGGAGAAAGGAGUGUGAUAGAAAUGGGAGGGCAGAGACUUCACGGUUCUGCUUCCCAGUGCCAGAGAUUCCACCCUAGCUUUCAGCCCUGUCUUAGAAAACAUCCACCGAGCCCUCAGCAGUCUCUAACGCCUCAUUGCUGAUGGGCCUAGCCAAACCGGGGAGGCCAGAGAGUGCCCGUGCCACCAUGGCAGCCCGGCCGGAGGCUAGGCUGUUCACCUGGAGACCUGGCUGCUCUGGGGCCCCACAGGAGCAGAGUUGUCUUCUGAGCUCCCAGCAUCUGGUUUUGUUCAUCUCUGACUUG